UUCUCCCGUGUAUUGGUCUCACUUAGUGUGUUUCGUACGUCGCUCGAUUACAGCUGACGGAAAGUCACGGACACGGACCACGAGUAGACGGGAAAAUAAUCACUUCAUUGUGAUAUCCGGCCAACCCUUCUGGUAAUCCGUACCUAGUGAAGUUCAAUAUUCCAAUCGUUGUAAAGGAUAGUAGAAUUUAACUAGAUUGGUAAAGUGCUAUAGUGUGUAAAUUAAACCAAUGUUUUGGUAAUAGAAAAAAAUUUUUACGUCGAUUGAGAGAUAUCAGCAAAUGUCUAUAAAGUAUAUACGAUGAGGCGGUGUCUAAUUAUUUGAAUUUGUAGUUCGAUAAAUGUGUUUAAAAUUUCAUUCGUAGAAGUGUGAAUAUUUAUAAUAUAAAUAAAUACAAACUCGUCUAACGCCAUGCCGAAGUUCUAUAAAGUCGAAAUUAAUAAAACAGAAUGGGAAGUGCCAGAAAAAUACCAGAUGCUAACUCCCGUUGGUAGCGGAGCUUAUGGACAAGUAUGCUCGGCUACCGAUACUCAGCACGAAGCUAAAGUGGCUAUCAAAAAGCUUGCACGGCCUUUCCAGUCUGCCGUUCAUGCUAAGCGAACCUAUCGCGAGCUUCGCAUGCUGAAACACAUGAAUCACGAAAACAUAAUUGGCCUGCUGGACGUGUUCCAUCCCGGAGGUAAUACGUUGGACUCAUUCCAACAGGUCUACCUUGUUACCCAUCUGAUGGGUGCAGAUUUGAACAACAUCAUACGAACGCAGAGGCUCUCAGACGACCAUGUCCAGUUCCUAGUCUACCAGAUAUUACGUGGCCUUAAGUAUAUUCACAGUGCUGGGAUUAUACACAGGGAUUUAAAGCCGUCCAACAUUGCAGUAAACGAAGAUUGCGAACUGAAAAUUCUAGAUUUCGGUCUAGCGCGACCUACAGAAAACGAGAUGACCGGUUACGUGGCAACUCGAUGGUACCGGGCACCAGAAAUCAUGCUUAACUGGAUGCACUACAAUCAAACUGUGGACAUUUGGUCGGUUGGGUGCAUAAUGGCAGAGUUACUCACAGGACGAACAUUGUUUCCUGGCACUGACCAUAUUCAUCAAUUGAACCUUAUUAUGGAGAUAUUGGGGACACCCAAUGAGGAAUUCAUGGCGAAGAUUUCAUCGGAAAGUGCUAGGCACUACAUUCGAUCUUUACCGAAAACUGAGAAGCGCAACUUCUGCGAUGUUUUUCGGGGGGCCAAUCCCUUGGCUAUUGAUUUGCUCGAAAAAAUGCUAGAGUUGGACGCCGACAAGCGAGUUACUGCUGAGCAAGCGUUAGCACAUCCAUACUUGGAGAAAUAUGCGGACCCUACCGAUGAGCCCACGUCUUCCUUAUACGAUCAGAGCUUCGAAGACAUGGAUUUGCCAGUGGAAAAGUGGAAAGAACUCGUUUUCCAAGAAGUUGUUAAUUUUGUUCCUCAACAGCAUGCUCACAUCGGCACGGAGGCGGCACAAUAGCGUUUUAUCAGUAUAUUAAUAAUAAUAGCUCUACGAGAGCUACAGCCAUCCUUGGAGUAUAUUUUAAACAUAAUCACAUCUGCAGCAUAAAAAGGCGACUUUCAAAUAUGUGAAUUUUAGAUCUAAGCACGCAAAUCAUACGGAAUAAUCUAUGAUCCAGUUUUCAGGCAGAUUCGAAAUUUUGAGCGAACAUGUUCACCGAUGUUCGUACCUCAUUAGUACAUUGGAAAAUUGGAAUCCACAAAUAGUGAAAAACAAAAGUGUGAUGUGUUAUAAACAGUGAGUUGUAUUGAUUGGCAGGGAUAUUUUCUAAAAAUGCAUUGCAUUGCGAAUUAUAUAGGCUUUAAGAAAUCAAUGGGAAAUCAUUUUAUUAAAUUAGGUUGUUAAAUGUUUCGUCAAAAUUCAAUUCAAAAUAUAUUAUUUACAAAGUA